AUUCAUUUGUCAACUCUGGCAAAACUCUGGCGACGCUGGCUAGAUGACGCAAGCCGCCGCCUAAUUUUAAUAAUUUUUGUGUUUAUUUUUUAUAAAAUAUUUAAUUUGCGUUACUCUACACGUCUAGGCAUUUAACCCAUUUAACAUGGCUGCGCCCUGGGAAGCGCGGAAAAGAGCGUGUUGUGCGUGUUGGUUGCUUGCGGCAGGCUCAUGCAGUCUGCGUUUAUAAAUUGAUUGAGUGUUUGUUUCAUCGACUCUGUUGCGUCGUGGAAAGGAGCGUGAAAAACGACUUGCACAGUGUUUCUUUCAGGAAAGAUGGCGUUACAAACCGUGACCUACGCACCAAGAGCGUUCGAGCUUCUCAGGGGUUUCUUCUGCAUUUACAAACCUGCGAACCUGAGUAUUCACAAUGUUCGGAAAAUUAUCAUCGGAAAUUUGUGUCGAGAUCUGAACGAGAUGGAGGUUAGACCACCGACAGACUUCGUCAAGAUAGUGGGAUCUUUGGCGAGUGGCAAAGAGCUGACCAUCACGACAGUUCCAAACUUGGCUGACCAUCCCCUUGUUGUGGGACAGAGGUACCAAGCAAAGGACAUCAAAUUAACAUGGGUCCAUGAUAUUGGGAGGUAUCCAUCUGGUGUAGUGGUGAUGGGAGUCAAUGCGAGCCAUAAAAAGCUGCUCAAGCUUCGACAUUCGAAUCAGCUGCGCACUUACGAGUUGCGCGGCGAGUUCGGAAAGGCUUCGGACACCCUCACUCCCGACUCCAAAAUCGUAGAGCAAGCCACCUACGGGCACAUAACCAUAGCCAAGAUGGAAAGACUUCUCUCCUCUAUCCAGGCAACGCACCAAGUCCAGGCUUUCAAGUACUCCGGAGUGCACAUGGACACCCAAGAGGCCUACGAGUUGGCCGCCGCCGGUACCGUGCGCCCAGCCGACAAAUCGCCCACGCUCAUCUACAACAUUCGCUGUACGGAGUUCGACCUGCCUUAUUUCACCCUAGAGGUCAGCUGCCUGAACGAGGACGCGUCGUACCUGCUUCAGCUCGUGCACGACAUAGGCCUGCGGCUGCGGUCAUGCGCCCUGUGUCACCGCGUGCGGCAAGUACGGUAUGGCCAGUUCGGACUGGACCACGCCCUGCUCAGGAAGCACUGGAGCCUCGAGCACAUCCUCAACAACAUCAACCACUGCCGGCACCUGGUCACCUGGGAACAGCUCGAGCCCUCGUCCCCGCACCUGGUCGACGUGGACGUGUCGUUCGGCUCUCCCGCGAGGACUUUUGGGGGCACGCGAGAUGUGGCGCAUUCGUCGGACUGCGUGAUUCAGACAAUGAAAUGCGGAGCGCUCGAGUAAUGCCUCCGUCUUGCAGGCCGACACUAGUCGCACGCGACAGGUAAAAAGUGAGUGCCAAGUUCGACUGCCACAACAAGCUACGUUUACCCAGACUCUGCAUGGCAACAUGUAAACCCUCGAAUGUGUGUGGACGUCCCUGGGGCACUUGUGUGGCAGGUGGGAGAAGAGUCGAAGCUAGUGCGUUUGUAAGUCGCAACUAGCGCUCUACCACCCAAAUGGUAGCAGAAUGCUGCUGCGGGCGCCGGCGGGAUGAGGACGUCGGGGAGGAGCUUCAGUGGCCCCACCUCCAGCGCGAGCUUCCAACUUUUGACAAUGCUCUGGCAUCUUGCAAGGCUCAAGCGUUCCAAAGAGACACCCCGCCGCCCUCACCUCGUCGGCGACUAUAACCGCGCAAAUAAAAGUGUCCUUUCAGUUAA